AUUCAGCAGAGUGUGGACGUCAAAAGUGCGUGUUUUGGAAAACCUCGUGGAAAAUGGCACACAGCCGGUUAGAGAAAAUAGGAACGAUCUUUACAAGAACAACCGGUCUUCUAAGAACCGGUGCCAUCAAGCCGGAAGACAAGCCUCUCUGGUACGACAUUUACCAGGCAUUUCCACCCAAGGAGGAGCCCCGAUACGACAGACCGGCCCCAAAAACGGAAAUUAGAGAUAUCUUCUACCCGGAGGAUGUUGUUCGAGCGAAGUUUCACAAGUUCUCCAAGACUCAGGGAAUGGUAACUUUGUCAGAUACAAAGAAUAAAACUCACUGCCAGACGUUCAUUGAGAUCUACAACAAGCUGAAGGAGGACGGCGCACUGUCGGAGGAGAAGAUACUAGAGACAGCACAGAUAAAGCUGGAGGAAGUGAUUCAGGAGCAAAAGCUCAACAGAGGAGAUUCUGGGCUUCUCUCCAGCUUCACAGAGGCAAAGACGAGGCAGGAGAGACAGGAAUCGGCAAAUGUGAAUAUCACGGAUAUCUUCAAGGCGUGAAAGUGGAGAAUUAAUUGAUUAGUGAAUAAAUACAGCUAGAGAACAUGUAA